CCGUUGUUAUUGUUCGUACCGUACAACUAUUUGUAAAAUAAAUAUUAAUAUUUUUACAAACUUUUCUAUUGAACUAUUAUCCUGAUGUAAUGCUGUAUUUUUGAAGAAUACAGCGCGGUACGUUUUAUGUUUAAAUUGUAGUGUAUUAUGUGCUGUUUUAGAAUUCUAUGUGUGUCAUGCAAAUGGGGUAAGCUGGAAUUAUCGGAUAUCGUUUAGGUUGUUUUGGAUAGUUUCAAUGAGAAAACGAAGUGAAAUUUCGUGACAAAAAUUGUGGAUAUGGAUUUUGUGUGAAGUUUAAUAACUGUAAACAACAGUUCUAUCGGUAAUGAAUGACGAGAAAGUAUACAAAUAAGAAAUGUUCCAUGCCGUGACCGUACUCCCCGUACAUUUCAAAAUGGCUGCUGCUCUUCACGAUGUAUGAGCUUUGCGUCACUGGAACGUAAAUCAGUGGAUUUGAUUCGUAAGGAAAUUCAGGCAAAUCUAGCCGUAUGGUCGCAUGUAAGAAUUUGAUGCUUAAAUACGGGCAAAGUCACUAGAAAAGUUGGGACGGGACAUAAGUGGCGUAUCAUAUGUUUUGGCAGUUCUGUAGUGGACAGUGAGUGACCAUAGAAUUGAUAUUGGCUUGCGGUCGGAUCGGAUUGUAAUGUUGCACUUGGUGCCCCAGGAUGCUUUGGAGCACGAUACUUUAGAAAUUGAGUGGUAUUAAGCGGAAUGUGACAUUGUAUGAUAGCAUGGCAGCAGACAGCGACGGCGGGGCAGACGCGGGCGGCGGCUCUUGCGGCGUGGUUGUGACGUGCGAGGGAGACCUGCACGACCCCUGCUUCCCCGCGCGCCUGCGCCGCCUGCUGCGAGAGCUGCGGGCGCUCUUGGCGGAGCCCCAUCGGCACACGCUCAAAGUUAACAAGGUGGAGCCUUGGAACUCUGUGCGCGUGACGCUGAGCGUGCCGCGAGCGGCGGCGGCGCGGUUGCGAGCGUUGGCCGCCGCAGGUGCGCCGCAGCUGCGGGCGCUCGGCAUACUGUCAGUGCAGCUCGACGGUGACGCGGCCAUAUCGCUACGACUGCAGCACGGAGCAGAGCUCAGGAUCAACACUGAGGCAGAAGAUGCGGGAACAUCAAGAUCGCCCUCCAACUCGGAGAUCCUGGCGGGACUGGGCGGGCUGGGUCGCCUGAUAUCAGACUCUGAGGGUGCCUCCACGAGUGGCGAGCCCGCACCGAACAGGGAUAGCUUCAAGUCCCCGAACACCGUGUGCCCGAUGGAUGGGAAGAUACCGCAGAACAUUCCCACGCCAACUACAGACCGCUGCGAGUUCCCGUUCGGAAGUAUGACGCAGGCAAGGGUUAUACACCGGAAGGAGAAUACAUUAGGUAUCGGCGCCAGUCCCCUGCGGCCGCCCCCGUCCCCGUUCGCGGGCCCCCCGCCGCCCUACCCGGCGCCCCCCUCGCCCGCGCCCUCCUCCCCCGCGCAGCCCCCGCCCGCCGCCCCCGCCCCGGCCGCGCCCCCCACGGUGGCCAUGUCGUCGCCGCUGCUCGUCAACCUGCUGCAGAACGACGCGACGACGCCGCAGCCGAGACCCAAGCAGCCCCACCCCGCCAAGCUCGACAGGCUGGAGGAUUCGCAGGUGGAGCUUGCAGUUGGCCGCGCACCCUUCGAAUAUCGCGGCGGACGCCCCACAAUACGAACGCCCGCACCCGCGCCCUUGGCGACAUCCACGCCUAGCAUGCCCACGCCAAUGGCUACGCCUAUGUCAACUCGGCAACAGCGUCCCAACUACAUUCGGCGUGCGUUCAUAACCCGACCGACGCAAUACAGAGCGCCCCAGCCUCCACCCCCUAACGCAACUAUAGUAACGAGAGCUCGGUUUCCGUAUCAAGACUUCCCGCCGCCUCCCCCGCCGUACAGGCAGACAACGCCUCGGCCGAGACCUCAACCGCCCAGAGUCACUCCAGAGGACCUGCAGGCACUCUUACCUCCACCGCCUACGUCGAUGGAUCAGAAAACGCAAUCAAGUUUUCAAGAGUUUCAACGAUAUCAACAACAGUACAACGCUCGUCAGCGCGCGGCCUCUCGUGCCGCCACCACCCAGCCGGACUGGAACGAACCUUACCGGGACACAUUAGGACUCUCCUUGCCUGAUCUACCAGAUAAUUGCGACCUAGACCAGUUGUUACCCACCCUUGGGGCAGAUCUAAACCUGGAUGACACCGCCCUAUCAGCUAUAUCAGACCUUGAUACCAACACCAAACUGGAUCUUCUAUACGAACAAGAUCUACCAAAUACAGAGCCGAAUCCCGAUGCGCUGCUACAGGAAAUAACCGGGGGGCAAUUUCCCCCAACGCUCAAUGGGCCAUGCAUGGAGAUGCCCAAUCAACCCAGUGAUGUGCCUUCAAAGUCCACAGAUUUUAACGACGGCAACUUCAUGCCACCACCACCUGUGCCUCCACAAAUAUCUAAGUUUCAAAAUAGUUCUAAUCAAAGUGUUGUAACAAAUUUACCAUUUAAAUCUCCUCCAAAUGCCUCUAUCUCUAAUGCGAGUAUGACACCUAGUAUGAACAUGCCAGCAAUAUCACAAGCACCAAACAUAAUAAAUACACAUGUGUCUCCUAAUACAAACGUACCUCAGAAUACAAAUAUGAUGCCCAAUGCUUGUAGAUCGCCUAAUACUAGCAUAUCGCCUAACGCCAGUAUAUCACCCAAUAUGAGCAUAUUGCCCAAUACAAGUAGGUCGCCUAGUGCAAAUAUAGCACCCAAUAUGACAAUGCUCCCAAAUGCAAGUAAGACACCAAGUGCAAGUAUUUCAACCAAUACAAAUAUGUUAUCAAACACAAAUGUGCCUUCCAGCACGAAUAUGGACCGGAUGGAAAGAAAUAUUAAUCAUAUUACAUCAAUGCCUCCACCAAUGAGAUUGCCAGUUAGAGCGACCACGUCUGUCUCAACUGCGACUGUGGGCUCUCAGGCUUCAGCUCAAGAAAUAGAAGAGCAAAGCAAGAGAUACCUCAUCAAAACUCUUAUGAGGGAUGAUGAGCCAUCACCUCCUCCACCUAAAGAACAAGAUAAAAAGCCUGAAGAAGUUACAGUUGCACAGUGCAAAGUAAAAGAAAAUCUAGUAGAUCCACCGGAUAUUUUUGGAAUCGCAAAAGUCAAUGAGGACGACAGCAAAAAAGAUGAUGAUAAACUGAAGAACAAAAUCAUCAAAAAAGAUGAUAAAUUAGCGCAAAAGGGAGGUAAACCAAGAGUCGGUGCUAAAGAAAAACCUGCUGUGCUAAAAGAUAAGAUUGUGCGCGAUGUAAAAUCCACCAAAGUUGCCUUACCGCGACCGCAAGUUGCUAAACCUCCCACGCCCACGAGUGAAGCCCCAAAAUCGCCGUCUGGUGAAAAGGAGUCUAUAAAAUUAAGGCUGAAACUAGACAAAAAUGAGCCAGUUGUGCAGCCAGUUUAUAAAGCAGAUAUAAGUUUUAUGAAUCAACAGGGCAAAGGCGAUAAAGCCAGUGAUAGUGAACUUAGGGUACCUCCGUUACACAUUAGCCUUCGGGGUCGAAAUUCGGCUGUAAUUAAAAAUUCAAAAAAAGAAAAGAAGAAGUUAGCACCUGGUGAAUUACAUUUAAAAAAGCUAAAAAUCAGAAAAUCUCUGGAGUCAGAUGAGAAAUCGCAUCGGAGAGAUUCGGUGGAGUCCCCUGCAACAAAGUCAAGUGAUAGUACUGAGAACUCAAAGACUGAUGAGUAUUUAAAUAUGAAAAAUGUAAAAUUAAAUAAUCACUAUAGGGAAGGUGACACUAUAAAGACAGAAGUAACUGGGGACAGCAAUGUUGUGUAUAGAAUGAAGACGAUAUCGAAGAACGCGCAUAUAGUAACAAAGCAUGAUUACAAAUUAAACAAUAAAAUACAGAGCUUAGAAAGUUUAAAGUUAAAGAAAAAGUCCAAAAUGUUAAAUGAGAGUGGGAAGGUUCUAGAAAACGAAAGGGACAAGGAAUGGAGGAAUGACAUGUUGGAAAAGGAAGGCAAAUAUGCGCAAAAUGAAGGCUACAGAGAGAUGAAUAAUCACGAAAAUAAAAAGAAGUUACCAACCUCUAAAGUGGAGAAGGAUGUUACGAAAAAUGAUAUAAAAUCCAGUGAAGUGACAUCAGUGCAAGGUGACAGCGAUUGUUUGCAAAAAGAAACAAGUGCUAGUGAUUUGGACAGGUUAAUAAAGUGUCAUAAGGGUGUUGAAAGAACGAUAAGUGUUGAUGACUCUGAGAGUGGCAAAUUUGAUCAUGACGAAAAGAAAUUAAAAAGGACACUUACAGAUAGUGCAAUUACCUCACCUAAUGGGUUAUUGUCUUCUGAGAAGAAGAAGAAAACCAGCCAUAGUUCCUGUUCAGAUCCUCCUGGAUCGACAAACGUAGGCACGAUAGGCAGCAAUCGUGUAGAUUCGUCUCCACCUGCAUCUAGUCAGCGAUCUGGGCCUGUCUCACCACGGAGGAAAGAGAGGCCCAAAGAUAAAUCAUAUUGCAAACUCGUUGCUGAAAGAAAUGCGCGACCAGAAACUGAAAAAUUCAAUAAUAGGUCACCUAACUCACAAGCACAGGGAGAGGAUUCUGGAAUAGAGUCGAUGGAUGCUUUGUCGGAGAAGUCGCCUAAUCAAGCCAGCCAAUCGCCGCCCGGUCCGCAGAGAAAAGAACGCUUGGACAUGCCCAUAUCCACAAGUCCUACAUCUGUGCAGAGGAUAAUAGGCGUCAUAGAUCCAGCGCCUGCUUCUGAUGAACUCUUAGAAAGGUUAUCACUAGCGACCGGGAAACCUCAUUACGAUCCUGUACCGCCUGACAUAGAUGAUAUGGGAGAUAUUGAGGCGGAAUUGGCAGAAAUGCACGCAGACCAUAUUAAUGGCGAUGAUGCACCGAGAAGACCACCAGAUGAUACAAAACAAACCAAAGAAGUUAAGAGAGAACCUACGCCUAUACUAAGAGAUAAUGAGAACAUUUCGAGCCAGAGUAUAGAUCGGAGGGACGACAAUGAUGUGCUUACAAAAGAGAAUAAAAAAGGUGAUAAAGAAGCUAAACUCGAAUGUAAUGCAACAUUGAAAGAUGGAACAUGUAAAGAGGAAUCAAAUCAUUCGUUGAAAAAAGAAAAAGGUGUAGAUGACUUCGACAAUCUCCCUAGCAGAAUCGCACCACCUUUAUACACAUAUUCAAACCCAGAAAAGGUUACAACAUUAGAUUCAUCAGAAUUUAAAACUGAAAAAGCAACCAUAUCUUCGAAUGGUGAAUCUAAAUGCGGAGAAGGAGAUGUCAAAGAGCAGCAGGAACCUAAAAUUGACAGGGUACCUUUAAAAGCAGAUUUCCCUGACAAAAGUUUGCUGGAGCAAUUGCUUAUAGAGAUACCAACUCCCGACUAUGUAGGGAAAAGGCCUGAAUCGCCAUCUCCAUCUGCUUUAGAAAGGGUAGCGCGGAGUAGUGUUCGAACCAGAUCGAGUAGCAAAAUGAAUAGUCCCGCGGAUCCGAAAACACCAAGGUUGAGUCCGGGAAUAAAUAAAUUUGAACGAUCAGAUUCACCCGCAUUGCAGCCUCGUAAUUGUUUAAGAAGGGAGUCAGUUGACAAGACAAGUCCGAGAACAGCAAACGCCUCCAAUGCGGCUAUGAAACCAGUUGCAGCGGUUAAAAGAAAGCGGCGGGAGUCAGAGAGUUCUUGCGCGUCAACCAUUAGCUGCGAGGAGGGUAUAUCCCCAGGCAGAUUGAAAAAGAAGCCGAAGCGUGUCGAUCCCAAGGCCGUUGUUAAUCCCGCUGUGGUCGGAGGGAAGACUAAAAAAGAUUCGGACAGUGAUAGUGAUGAGCCCUUGAUUUGCAAAGUUAGGGGAAAGGGCGUUAAGGGCGUAAAGGUUGGAGUGAAGGUGGUGAAGAAUGCUGAAGGCGUAGGUACGAGACGUUCGGUGCGGCACGGUCCCCUAACUGUAACUCCGGCGCCUCCCAACUCCACCGCUGUAAGGCGGAAAACGAGAAGUGCAGUUGGUGAGGGCCCGACCGCAAGUCCAGGCGCAGUCAGAAGAAGGCGUGUUUCCCGCGACGGCAAGUGACGGCGGCGACUCGCGCGUCCGCACGCGCUUGCCCUUGCUCUCCCUCUGCCCUUAUACUAUCAGAUAGACUGACACAACUACCCGUGUUAUGGUCUAUCGCGUGUGUUACAAACAGUGCAGCGUUCAUCCGAGCUUUUCGUGUUGUUGAACUUUUCUAUUUACAACUACCCACAUUGUGUUUCGUCGCGAGUGUUACAAACAGUGCAACAUAAAUGUUUAUUUUAGUGGUCUUGCAUUAAUUGUCUACUUUUGAAAACUAUUAUGGCGUAUUUGACGCGCUGACUAAACAACUUGUUCAUUUUCAUCGAUUGCUAAAUAUUGUGAAUAGAAUAUUCGAUAUAAUGAAUCUCACCUGUUUGUUAUUGGAAAAAUUUUAUAUGUGAAGUGCAAUAUGCAAGAGUCGAUUUGUAAAUUAUUAGUGAAAAUGACGGUAGUUCUAAAUCGAUGGAGUAUUUGUAACGGUUAUGGUCCAAUAUCUCCUACCACUAAGGUGUUUUCAGAUCGCGUGGGGUUUUAUAAUACUUUUCUAAUUAGUGAACAAAAGAUGUUACCAUUCACUAUAAAGCACUCAGUUUUUUAAUUGUAGGUUUUGUUUUCUUUGAAUUUUAAGCGUCCGUAUGUAUAGCGCAACUCGUCUGCGAGUUGUAAAGCGGAGCCUUAGUUUAGCUUUAGAGAAUAGAAGUGUAUGUAUUGUACAGAGAGCACUUGACUUUGGCGCAUUGUUAUAAUAGGUAAAUUGCCCGAGAGUUAUAGUUAUAGUUAAUGCGUAAAGUUUUAAAAAGAUAUUUUCAUAGGUUUUUGCACGUGAUAACUUCGUAAUGUCACCGCGAUGUAGAUUAUGAACGAUGAAGCGGGAAGCCGGGUACAUCGCAGUACACUGUACAGAACAUUUUAUACGCGAAAUUGUCGAUGCAAAUAUUAGGAUAUUGUAACCAUGAACAGAUGCGCGGCUUCCCGGGUAGAAUAUACGCCGCUAAUGUUACUAAUUAUUAUUAAGAAUUCACGACCAAUAAUUGUAAUUUGAAUGUGACAUUAUUAUACUUAAAUAAUUUCUUAGUGAACUUAAUCAUGACUGAGUGUUUCAACAGUUGUCUGUUUGGGCUUCCAGUAUUCUAAACAAUAUUUACUUUUUUUUUUUGUUGACAAUAUUAUUAAACACAAUUUUGUAACCCCAAUGUUUUUAGAUCUUUGGCAUCUUCACCGUGGUUGCAUGUCGAAAUAUGAAUUACAUUUAUCUAUUUUGUUUUAUUCCAUAUUAAGAUUACAACACUUUAAAUCAAAUAUAUUUAUAUAUAUUAUAUGUUAAAGGAAUGAAUUGACAUCCAACAUUGCUAAAUAGAAAUGUUUAUAAUUUUAUUUGUUUUAUAAUAACUAUCAACAGAAUGGUGGAGUCGCCUCAAUUAUGGAUUAUUAAUCUUACUUUGAGAACCAGUGGCUAUUUAAUCAUUUUACUUUAUUAAGAUCUUUUUGCAGUGUAUAUAUUUGAAAAUUGCUAUACUUAGUUGCAUAAUUAGACUGUAGUAUUUAUUUUACCUAAGUGAAUGUUUUUUCAUAAAAUCCUAAAAUUUUUUCAUUAUGAUUUGUUUCAAUGCUUUUUGCUGUUCCUAAGUCUGAUAGAAUAUGAAAAGCAAUAAUUCGUGGAUGUGAAAUGUUAUUUUUAUAGCUAUAAAUCAAUUUUUUCCAUAGACUUGUACAUUAGUUGUUCUCAUGUAACAAUUUUUCACACCUACCCACAAGAAUAUUAUUACAACUUUAGUUGAGGUAUACAAUUAUUCUAUUAUUUUCCACUGUGCUACAAUACAGCUGUGUUAAUAGAUAUGUAGUGUAAUAAAUUCGAAUAUUUUGUAGAGAAUACACUAACAUUAAGUGCCCUGAAAACUUGUGCCGUGGUUAGUGCUGUGUGUUACUGCAUUGUCUAAUAAACAUAAUAAUUAUUUAUUUUUGACAUAUUUUUGAAUGAUCCAAUGAGAUUAAUUCAAUUCAAAGGAUAAGUAAAAUUACUUAAGGGUUUUUCUUGUAAACAUUUUGGUGGUUUUAAUAGGUGGUCGGGUUAUCAAACUUGAGUUUCUUGUAAUACCAGGGUUUAAAGUGCGUUCAAAUAUGUGACAAAAUAUAUUUUAGUGUUUUAUAGUUGUGUGUAGUUAGUUGUGGGGUGGAAAGCAGAUCCAUAAUAAAUGAACUAUGACAUGGUGUUGCAGAUUAUAUAUUAUAUAUCAUCAGUCUCUAAAUUAUUAUUGAUUUAAAACCCAUGUAAUGUCUUUGUAUAUCUUUACGUAUAGAUGGGGAAAUUAAUAUAAUAUUUUACACGUUAAGUAUUUGUUUUUAUGAUUUCAAACAUUGAUAAGUCCUGGAGCUGUUGUAUAUAGUGAUGUUAGUAAUUGUCUGGAGCCGGACUGUAGGAAUGUUGAAGCCUUGUAUAGUGUAAGAGUUUUGACCUGCUUGUAUCAUAUAGUUAUAGUGAAUGGACUCUCAAACUAGAUGUGUAUAUUGGGUGUAUAGUUAUCAUUUUAGUUUUAUUGUUUUGUUUUACUUUUCGACUAAUUGAUAGUAAUUUAUGCCGAUAAAAAUAUCUUUAUUAUACAUUUAUAUAUCUAUGAUGAAGGAGAGAAUACAAAAUAUUAGUUUAAACACUUAUAAAUAUAGGCUUACACAUGAUAAAUAGCAUAUAGUUUUGGUAUGUAUGUAAACAUAUUACUUGUAAAUAGAGUCGCAGAAAUAGUGAAAUAAAUAAAUGGAUACAAUAACAUUUAACUUUAUGUUAUUUGUAAUAUUUUUCUAGUAUGUGUCCGACAGACAUGACCCAUGGUGGGUUUCCCGCGCUUUCAGACAAAAGAGCGCUUGUAAAUUUUUUGUUGCUAGCAAUCAUAGAAUUGCAUACCUAUAGUUUUUAUUGUGCAUUAUAUUUUUCUGUAAGUUGCUUUUUCUGUCGUUCUCCAUUAUUUUUAAAUCAUAUUAUAUUCGUAAAGUAUGAGUCAUGGUGAAUUAUUAUCAUAUUAUUAUGAAUGAAAAGAAAUAAGGAAUAUUAUUGUUCUGCUAUUAUUAAAUUUGUAAAGUUAGUUUAUUAAUAAAUGAAAAAAUAUA